AUUCUUUCCCUUCAGUUGGCGUUGCAAGAAGCGCUGAGGAUUGAAGACAUUCAAGAAUUACUUUGCUUGAAACGUACCCGAUAAUGAGUGGGCCUAUUAGAAAAGAUUUAAUCGCCUUAUCACAUCAGUGCAUAUGAACAGUGUUCUGUUUACAAUCUGUAAAUUACACACAUACAAAAACAGAGAGGCAUACACACACACACACAAACGCACACACACACAAAGCUGUUCUUUGUGGUACAAUUUAUCGGAGAACAAAGGCAGAGGGAAUGCUUUGUUUCUGUUGAAUCCUUGUUCAGCUGUUUCAUGUGAUGUCCAAGUGGACGUCCACACGCCGCUUUCACUACAGCACACUAGAAUAAUGAAUAAAUAGAUUACACGGGCAAGGACAUACAUGUCAUAUGAAGAGCUUUGCUGGCGCAAUGGAUUUUGAUAUAAAAACGCCACUAAAUCCAUUGGUGCUAUGUACUGUUAAUACACAAAGGCAUUAAAUCCCGCCUUGUAUCAUGCUCUGUGUAUUAACAUUAGGAUUUGAAUAUGUAAUCUCCCAGUCACCAUUGACCAAACCAAAGGGGCUGCUCAAUAAGCUGUUCUGAUCUCACAACCAUUCAUUUCUAGUCCAUUUUUUUUUAUCUAGAGCACGGCCUAAGUCAUUCUUUGUCUCCGAACUGGCUAAAGAGGUUGAGUCAUGGCUAGCCAUCUGUAGCAGAAUGUUGCAGUGACUGAAGAUAUAGCAUGGUAAGGUGUAAGAGUGCCCCCAGAAGGCCAAAUAGGUCAUUACAAGACAAAGAUGUGAUUCUGAUUAACACAUGCUGCAUUCUUCAUGGAUAAACAUUUGAGGCCCAUUGUGUAGUUUUUAAAUAGUGAUUUAUCAUAAUAUCAUUUAAUAUUAUACCACAUCACAUCAGGUGUUCUUUUUUUUUUUUUUAGAAAGGUGGAUAGAACUGAGUGGUUCAGUGAUUAUUGAUGACAUUUCUGAUUUCUCCCAUAGCAGUAUGUAUCUGUUGAGCUUAACCAUCGAAAGCCCACGUCAGAGCUGGAACACUCUGUGACUGAAACAGGAACAGAUACCAUCUGUUCAUGUAAACAAAUGCCCAUCUUCCGAGAUAUCAUCAAAUGGCAUUUGUCUCAUGUUUCCUCUUUUUGAAGUGCAAGCCAAACGACGUUUACACUUUUGGUUGCAUUUUGUUUGUGUGAUUUGAAGUCUCUACAUCUACCAGUUUCCACAGAAUGGAGAGACAAAACCUCUUGUGUGUGCUAAUGUCUCUACAAUUGGUGAUGGCCUGUGGAACAAUCCCUCCUGCAAAGAAUAAGUGUCAACAGAUUGUUGAUGGCUAUGACUGCAGUGACCUAAACUUGGAGAGUGUCCCAGAUGCCGUCCCCAACACAACUCGGAACCUGGACUUCAGCUUCAAUCCCCUGACAAGCAUUUACAAGGGCAUUUUUACCAGGCUGAGCGAGCUUCUAUCACUGGACUUGACAAGAUGCAGUAUUGAUUUCAUGUAUGAGGACGUCUUUGCGACUCAGGCCAAGCUGCAAACGCUGAUCCUGACUGGGAACCCUCUCAUAUUCAUCUCAGGGAGAGCCUUCUGCGGCCUGAAGUCUCUAGUGCAGCUCAUCAUGCCCCAGACAGAGGUGAAGGACCUGGAGCACAUCCCCAGCUCUGAUCUCCAGCUGGAGACGCUGGACGUCUCGAGCAGUGGCCUCCAAACACUGGACGGUCUAACUGCCUUUAAUCUGAACAGGAUGAAGACACUCAAUCUGGCCAGGAACCACAUCCCCAGCAUAUGCGCGUCCGACCUGGUAGCGUUCAGGGACACCCCCGGGGACAUUGAUGUCAGCUUUCAAAGCAAUGACAUCCUCAGGGUGGAGCCUGGAGCUUUCAGGUCUCUGCGCUUCGGGGGCCUGGACUUCAGUGACUGUUUUACGAGAGCUGAUGUCUCGGUGGUGCUGAGGGGCCUGGAAGGAGUGGCGACGGAGAAGCUCAAACUGGGUGCCUUCAACGACGGACCUCACAGGUACAUCAAAACAGAGAGCCUCCACUCUCUGUGUAACAUGACUGUGACCCAUUUGAACCUUCAAAUGCAGCGAUGGGAAGAUGUAUCGAACGCCACAUUCGAGUGCAUGGGAGGGCUUAAGGUUCUAGAAAUGACGGAGAUGCACAUGCAUAGUCUACCAGACAACAUCACAACUAUGGGCAAGCUGUCACAACUGACCCUGGACCGGAAUGACUUUGAGAACAUGUGCGACAUCAACGCACACAACUUCCCCUCACUAACGUCUCUGUCUAUGCGAGGCAUGUGGGGGCGCCUAGUCUUUCAGGGCAACUGUCUGCGGAGUUUGUCACACCUGGAAUAUCUUGACCUUAGCCACAGUGGUGUGUAUGUAGAAGGGUUGUGUUGCGAGCAGCAGCUUCAGGGUCUGGGGCAGCUACGUUUCCUGAACCUGAGCUACAACUUCGCCAUGCGGUGGGACGCUUUGCCUUUCACCGCCACACCCCAGCUCAGGCACUUGGACUGCAGCAACGUUAAUGUUAAUCUGAGCGGCAGUGCUCCUUUUCGUAACUUGGCGCUGCUUGAAACUCUGAACCUCUCCAGGACGUCAGUCAGUGUAACGCACUCCCAUCUGCUAGAAGGUCUGAAAAGCCUCGUUCAUCUCAAUCUAAGAGGGAAUCCGGUCUCUGGAGGAUUGGUGUCGGACCCAGACACAUUCAAGCCUGUUCCACUCCUGGAAAGCCUAGUUUUGGCAGAGUGUGAACUCACAGCUAUUGAGGGGAACCUCUUUCAUGCCCUGACAAAGCUUACCUAUGCAGACCUCAGUGCUAACUACCUGACUAAGCUCUGUGCUUCACCUUCCUUCUCACUAACAGUUAUUCGUCUUAACUUUGCACAUAACAGAAUCGAGCUGGUGGACAUUGAUUCGGUCGAGGGUCUUGGUCCAAAGAGUUCAGUCGACCUCAGCUUCAACCCUCUGGCCUGCAACUGCUCCAACAUUAAGUUUAUUGACUGGGUGAAGGCCAAUGUUGAUAAACUGAUGCAUUUUGAGGACACUCUGUGCAAUGCCUCAAACAGACGUGUACAAUUCUCAGAAGUCAAUUUGCGCUGUAACAUUUUUGCGGGGUUGACAGCAUUUGGGGUAAUGAUGCUGAUUAUUUUUGUGGCGACUGCUGUUGUUGUAAUAGCGAAAAAAAGAAAGUAUGGACGUUACAGAGAGUUAUGAAAAGUACGGAAUUCAGCAUUAUCCCAAUAGUUGAUCGAUGUGUUUGUUAAAAUCACUGCAAUUUAGUAAACUUUAACUGUGUUUGACAGACUUUAAAUGUAU